CAACAUCAGCUGAUACCAACCUUUUGGGUGCGAAUCUGAAACUGGUUUUGUUAAUGAUUCAUAUCUGCCCGGUUUCAAUUGGUAAAAAGCUUUUUUACGAAGAAGAUCUCAUUUAAAAAAAAAAUAUAUGUUUGUCAGGCCAACAGUGUGAUUGACACAGGACCACAGUGUUGGUUGCAAGUUAAAUGGCUUAAAUCUGUCCAGUAUGUAGCUGCCUAUCCGGUUUUCAUCCAUGGCCAGCUUCUAAAAUGGAAUCAACCCAAAAAUCGUUACAAUCAAUAUCAAUUUCCUUUAAAUCCUUACAGUCACUUCAAGGCUUGGAGGCCUAAAUCAUAGUACUGUAGUAUUAAAUGAGAAAGUCUGUCUCACUUAACAGCAUCAAACAACACUUCCAUUUAUUAGUAAAAAAAGUACAGUACGCUUACUACAGUACAUGACUGAGCCCAUUGGUAAGGGUGGGUUGAUAUUUAAGUAAUUAAAUCUGAUUCUGAUUGCACCAGAUUCACCUCACAGUCGCACCCCCCUGGGGUGCUCUGUUAGCUCAGCGAGGUCUGCAAAGGUGAAGGUAGGAGUGAUUGACUAAGACAGUUUCUUCCAUUACAGUCAAAACGGUUUCCGAAGUGCAAAAGACACUUACGGUCGUCCGACUGUUCUUUGGUUGAGUGUCAGUUUAGAGUGUGGGUGGCCUUUAUGGUAAACGAAACACAUGUACAAAAAUAGACCAAACAAAAGGCAGGUAGAGUAGGUGGAUGUAAAUAUCCCACACUUCUCUGCUGGCUUCCUGUGGUUUCGCAUGUCUGCACACAAGCAGCACGGCUUCAAGGCUGAGCUCUUUCCAGAGAGGCGGUAGCAACGGGGUCUGAAUGGAAGGGGAAAGUGAGAAGAAGCCAGAAGAAACGUGACCUGAGGCAUUCUGGGACGGCGUUUUGUCACCGAAGUCACAGCACGGGUCUUCAUCCUGUGGUCGGCUGCUAGUCGCCGUGAGCCUUCGUCGAUGCCAUUCAUCCCCUGCCAUUGCUUUGGAAAUCCAAGAAACCGCACCAAAAUAGCAUUCAUCUUCAAUAAAGAGGCUCGAUUGCCGGCAGAACCUUAUAAAAAAAACAUAGUGCUUCUACUCUGAAAUUAGACGUAAUCUUGAAUUUCCCUUCACCCAAGAGCCUUGGAGCUGUGAAAGCAAAGCCAUGCCUGAGCCCGGAAAUGUGUCGUGCAACCCAACUGCGGAUUUCCAGAUCUACCUCUUCCCUGUCGUCUACUCCCUGGUAUUUGUGUUCGGGCUGAUGGCCAAUCUGGUCGCUCUCUACAUAUUCGUCUUCAAAAUCCGCAACCGCUCCUGCUCAGAUGUUUACAUCAUCAAUCUGGCGGCGGUGGACGCCAUAUUCGUGUGCAUCCUGCCCUGCCGGAUUCACUACCACCUGAACCAGAACCGCUGGGUCUUUGGGGAGCUGGCCUGCCGCAUCACCGGGACCUUGUAUUUUACCAACAUCUACGUCAGCAUCGCGUUCCUGACCUGCAUCUGCGUCGACCGCUACGUUGCGACCGUUCACCCCCACACGUACCUGAGGCUCAGGAAGACGUGGUACACCCUGCUGGUCAGUUCUUUCGUCUGGGCAGCGGCCAUCACCACGAUGUCCUGCCUCGUGCUGAGCGGGCCGGGGGACGUUGGCAUGGGGCACAACGGCAGCUGCUUCGAGAACUUCUCCGAGGACGCCUGGGAGACCCGCAUGACCGCCUACAACGUCUGCGCCCUGGUUUUCGGGUCGGUGAUCCCCUUCGCCGUCAUCAUGGUCUGCUACCCGCUGGUGGCCCGCCGCAUCGCCCGGAUCAGGACGGCCACCAGCCGCCGGGCCCUGCGGGUUAUCUACGCCAUCCUCGCCAUCGCGCUCAUCUGCUUCCUUCCCCACCACGUCACGCACCUCCUGCACCUGCUGGUGAGGAGGAACGUCAUCCAGGACUGCGGCCUCUCGGACGCCAUCUUCAAGAUGCGCCGGGUGACCAUGGCCGUGCUGAGCUGCAACAGCUGCCUGGACCCCAUUGUCUACUACUUUUCCACCCCCAAGUGCAAGUGGAGCUUCGUCAAGUGGUUCAGGCCUUCGAGAGCGCGGAGAGUCUACACCAUCUACAGAGUAGACUGACAGCUGCCUCGGCACACAGACCGCACACAGGCUGGGACCAGCUCUCCUCCUGCUGCACGGCUGGAUCCGGUAUUGCACCCCGAUGCAUGGUUCACAUAGAGAUGGCACCAUGGCCUGCAGCCACAUCUGUGUGAGUCAGAGUAACGACAAAGCGCAUUCUACAGUGAUGUAACUUACACAACCUGCCUUUCUUUGCAACAGUUAUGCCAAAUAUACCAAGAUCUUUCAGGAGAUCUUCAGUUACAUGCGGACUUCUGUCCAUUUUUGUUGUGAUUUUAGCUGUGCAUCCAGAGCAAAUGUUAGUAGAAGCAGCGAAGGACACCUGAAAACACGGAACCAUCUGCUCAAAUGGCACAGAACUGAAUUAAAUACACUGAAUGAGGCCUUGUAUAGUUUUCUUGCACUUGGAUGAAGAUCUCGGAACACGCCAUGAACUGGAGGUUUGCUCUACAGUAAAAAAGCUAAAAAAAUUCAACCAAGACAUAUUGUUCGAACUUUUCCAUCAUAGUGAUGGUUAUUUUGUUAACUACUGCAUGCGUGUUCUUAAUGUAGUUAUCAUUUGGGGAUCCCUUAAAAAAAAAUAAAAAAGCAG